CGGAAACCUGCCGGCUCUCGCCGCUCGCCCGCCCGCCGGGGGACCCGCCGCUUCUCCCCGCCCGGAGCAUGAGGAGGGGGCGGCUGCCGGGCCAAACGCGCUCCUGCUGACAGCCCCGGCCCCGCGCCUCCUUCCCCGCCAUGGCCCGGGCGCUGCCCGCCCGCCGCUGAGCAGCUCUGCGGGCCCAGGUAGGAAGACAUUUGGAAGCUGGUCAGACAAAGCUAUCAUGUUGAGGUUAAGUCAUUCACCCGCCUUUCCUGAAGGUUUUCACCUUUUAAGUAUUGUGGCACUCUUGCUAUUCCAUGUGGACAAAGCAUAUGCAGAAAGUCCAACAGACACGUCAAAGAACGCUACAUGUACUGGUACAUAUAUUUGCAAACCAGGUGUGAUUUUACCUAUCUGGGAGCCCCAAGACCCUUCAUUUGGUGAUAAAAUUGCUAGAGCUACUGUCUAUUUUGUGGCCAUGGUCUACAUGUUCCUAGGUGUAUCCAUCAUAGCUGACCGCUUCAUGUCCUCAAUAGAAGUCAUUACGUCCCAAGAGAGAGAGAUAACUAUCAAGAAGCCCAAUGGUGAGACCAGCAAAACCACAGUGAGGAUUUGGAACGAGACUGUGUCCAACCUAACGUUGAUGGCUUUGGGUUCUUCAGCCCCUGAGAUUCUACUUUCUGUUAUUGAAGUAUGUGGUCAUGGUUUCACUGCGGGGGAUCUCGGACCGAGCACCAUUGUAGGCAGUGCCGCCUUCAACAUGUUCAUCAUUAUAGCCAUAUGCGUCUAUGUGGUUCCGGAUGGAGAAAUAAGGAAGAUUAAGCAUCUACGAGUGUUUUUUGUGACGGCAGCUUGGAGCAUCUUUGCCUACACUUGGCUUUACCUUAUUUUAUCUGUCAUAUCACCCGGUGUUGUGGAGGUCUGGGAAAGCUUGCUCACUUUCUUCUUCUUUCCCAUUUGUGUGGUGUUUGCGUGGGUAGCCGACCGAAGGCUUUUAUUUUACAAGUAUGUCUACAAGAAGUACAGGGCUGGCAAACAGCGAGGCAUGAUCAUUGAACAUGAGGGGGACAGGCCAUCAUCCAAAGCUGACAUUGAAAUGGACGGCAAAGUGGUUAACUCCCAUGUGGAGAACUUCUUAGAUGGCACCCUGGUUCUGGAGGCAGAUGAGAAGGAUCAAGAUGAUGAGGAAGCAAGGAGGGACAUGGCUAGAAUCCUGAAGGAGCUGAAGCAGAAGCACCCCGACAAAGAAAUGGAACAGCUGAUAGAACUAGCUAACUACCAGGUUCUGAGCCAACAGCAAAAGAGCCGAGCCUUUUAUCGCAUUCAGGCUACUCGGCUAAUGACGGGUGCUGGCAACAUUUUGAAGAGACAUGCUGCGGAUCAGGCACGGAAAGCUGUCAGCAUGCAUGAGGUCAACUGUGAAGUGGUGGAAAAUGAUCCCGUCAGUAAGAUCUACUUUGAGCAGAACACCUACCAGUGUCUCGAGAACUGCGGCACAGUAGCUUUGACCAUUGUUCGCCGAGGCGGUGACUUGACCCAUCUCGUUCACGUUGACUUCAGAACAGAAGACGGCACAGCCAAUGCAGGGUCGGAUUAUGAGUUUACCGAAGGGACUGUGGUCUUCAAGCCUGGCGAGACACAGAAGGAAAUCCGGGUUGGCAUAAUUGACGACGAUAUCUUUGAGGAGGAUGAGAACUUCCUCGUUCACCUCAGCAAUGUGCAAGUGAGCACUGAAGCGUUGGAUGAAGGAAUUCUGAAGGCUAACCACAUCGCAACACUUGCCUGCCUGGGAUCGCCCUCCACUGCCACCGUUACCAUCUUUGAUGAUGAUCAUGCAGGCAUCUUUACCUUCGAGGAGCCGGUCACUCAUGUGAGCGAGAGCAUUGGAACCAUGGAAGUGAAAGUGCUGAGAACGUCCGGCGCUCGAGGAAAUGUUGUUGUGCCCUACAAAACCAUCGAAGGCUCAGCCAGAGGGGGCGGAGAGGACUUUGAGGAUACUUGUGGAGAGCUUGAAUUCCAGAACGACGAGAUUGUCAAAAGCUUUGCUUCAUUUAUGAUGAUUUUUUUCAUGGGUGUCCAUAUGACAACUUUGACAAGAAUGUGCCUAAAAGUCAAAACGAUAUCAGUCAAAAUAAUUGAUGAUGAGGAGUAUGAGAAAAACAAGACCUUCUACCUUGAGAUUGGGGAGCCCCGUCUGGUGGAGAUGAGUGAGAAGAAAGCUCUGUUGUUGAAUGAGCUUGGUGGCUUCACAAUAACAGUUUGUUUUUUUAAUGGAGGGAAACUUCUGAAUGGCAAACCUGUCUUCAGGAAGGUCCAUGCUAGAGAACAUCCAAUUCCUUCUACUGUAAUCAGCAUUCAAGAAGAGAAUGAAGAGAAACAGCCACUGACGAGCAAAGAGGAGGAAGAGCGCCGCAUUGCAGAAAUGGGACGCCCAGUACUGGGAGAACAUACCAAACUAGAAGUCAUUAUUGAAGAAUCCUAUGAGUUCAAGAAUACUGUGGACAAGCUCAUUAAGAAAACAAACCUAGCCCUUGUGGUUGGAACUAACAGCUGGAGAGAACAGUUUAUUGAAGCUAUCACAGUCAGCGCUGGCGAGGAUGAUGAUGAUGACGAAUGUGGGGAAGAGAAGCUGCCCUCCUGCUUUGAUUAUGUGAUGCACUUUCUGACCGUCUUCUGGAAGGUCCUUUUCGCCUUCGUCCCCCCGACAGACUACUGGAGUGGCUGGGCCUGCUUCGUCGUCUCCAUCCUAAUGAUUGGUUUGCUGACGGCUUUCAUCGGGGACUUGGCAUCCCAUUUUGGCUGCACCAUUGGCCUGAAGGAUUCAGUGACUGCAGUCGUGUUUGUUGCAUUGGGAACUUCAGUGCCAGACACCUUUGCCAGCAAAGUGGCGGCUACGCAGGAUCAAUAUGCUGAUGCCUCAAUCGGGAACGUCACCGGGAGCAAUGCUGUGAAUGUUUUCCUGGGGAUUGGCGUGGCCUGGUCCAUCGCUGCCAUCUACCACGCAGCAAACGGGGAAGUGUUCUACGUCUCCCCCGGCACCUUGGCUUUCUCCGUCACCCUCUUCACCAUUUUUGCUUUUAUCAGUGUGGGCGUGCUGCUUUACCGGCGGAGACCGGAGAUUGGAGGUGAGCUGGGUGGGCCGCGGACUGCCAAGCUUCUGACAACAUCCCUCUUUGUGCUCCUUUGGCUCUUGUACAUAUUGUUCUCAUCUCUGGAAGCCUACUGCCACAUAAAGGGCUUCUAAAGGAACAAUCAGAGAUAGUAAAUAUAUUGCUAGAGAUCUAUAUGUAUCUAUAUAGAAAGCUAUAUAGAUAUAGAUAGAGAUAAAACAUUGUGUAUAAUGAACAGAGGAAAAAGAAAAGACAUUUACCAUGUUCACUUACCUGCUGAUGGAAUGCAGCUUGGAGCAUUCUUUGUACUAGGUAGGAGUAAGAAUUCAGCAAGAUUCUUAACCAGGGGUUGCAGCAUAUUAAAGGAGGCAUGGAUGCAGGGCCAUCUUUGCAACUCUACCUACAAGAGCAUAUGAUACUGACUUUAUUGUUGCUCCCACCCUGCCCCCUGGGGAGGAUUGAUCUGAAAUGUAAUUUGGGCUUUUCUGCCGGGGCCAGAAUAGUUGUUAAGAAGCCGAGUGGUGGAGGGAAGGCGAGGAAUAGGGGACUUCAUGACUUUCUUACAAAAGUCUAUUUGCCUUCAUAUAUUGAGGACAUGCAGAUCUGUCCCCACUGAAUGAAAACAAGAGUCUGGACUGAAGAAGGAAGUCCAGGGGUUCAAGAGCUUUCUACCAAUAGGAUGGAAACCCCACUGCUGUUCUUGCUUGGAUGCCCCAUUUAUUAUUCAGUUGUUAGAGUGUUGACAUGCUGAGAGUCACAAGAACAGUGCGAGCCAUUUCCUUAUUUUUUGGCUGUAUUAUGAUCAGCAUGCCCUCUCCCCUACCCUGCAAACAAAAUCAGUGAGCCUGCCCACCCCACACUCCCCCGCUGUGCCUUGCAGGCACCUGUCCAAACCCUUUGUCUCAAGUCCCUGUUUUAGUUCUGACAGAAUCUUGGGGGCUUUACUUUUGUUGCCGUCCAUUCCCUGGCCAGACCCUAGUGCGUUGCUCCCGUCUCAUAUUCCUGAUUGGGAAUGCUGUUGUGGUCCUUGUAACACUUUGCAUGAAUGAAGUAACCCAUAUCUGUAUAUAGCAUUGUAUAGCAAUAGUCCAUUCAGCAGUGUGGAUCGGAUGCUGAAGAAGUGAGUGAGUUUUCUUUUCACCCAGGUUUGGUUUGGGGUUUGGUUUUUUUUCUUACUGAGCUAAGGGGAAGUGGCUAACCCUUUAGCGCUCUGCACAGGGGGUUUAAGAAGCAAUAACAAAGAACUGUGCAGCUGUAAAUGCUAAAGGGAAGAAUCUGUGCAAAAGGCAUCAUAAAGUCUUCUAGAGUGAAAUCCUGGCUCCAUUUAGUCAAUGGCAAAAUUCCCAUUGACUUCAGUGGGGCAGGGAUUUACCCCUAGGGGGUGAUCCAGAGCUCACUGAAGUCAAUGCAAAUACUUGCAUUGACUUCAGUAGGUUCUGCAUCAGGUCCAUAAAGAUUAACAUACAUUUUAAGGGCCAGAGCCUACCACCCUUGCUCAUGCAGCAUAGAACUUUGUCCCACGACUAGUCGCUUUGAACAAAACGGGGUUAAGUACCAGUCAGCCUGAGCAUGAGUGGCAGCACCAGCCCCUGAAUAAGCAAACCAUGCCUGGGUUUUGUAAGCAUCAGUUUUUCCCAUUGUGGCUAUUUUACAUCUUCUGUGGCUGCAACAGAUGUCAGAUAUCGUCAGUGUUUGCGGCUGUAGAACCCCCGGGCUCCAUCUCUGUUCUCCUGUUCACCAUCUCUGAGGGUUAGCUACAGCCCUGUGUGUGAACAUUAAGCCAGUGGCGAUUGGCAGGUUUUACAACUGCAUCUCAUCUAGGGCUAAUUGAGGACUGAAGAAGUCAAUGGUGGGGUUGGAGGAAUGUAAUGUCUCCAAGAUCUCCAAUGGUCAAAGCGUUCUCACCAGAUACAGGAUGAAUCUUGCAUUGUCCAGCAGAGAUUGCAUUUAACACUAGGAAUUACUGUGGUCGUUAUUUAUUAUCUGUUGUGCACCACAACAAUGUGCUUGGCUCUGUACAAUGCACAGGUGGCAGGACAGUCCCCACCCUGGAGACGUUGUCAUGUCAAAGACAGACAUUGUCAGAGGUCCUAGAGGAAGGAGCUACGCUAGCUGAUCUGGUUUUCCCUUCAUUUUCAUCCACUGUAUGACCCUUUCAUUUUCCAUUUGUGUUCCCCGUGGAUGCAAUGGCUCUGCAGGAGGGAUUGGAACCAGGAGAGGGUGGAGCCUGACACACUGGGAUUGAGGGGGUCAUUCUAUGCAUACUUGGCAUCAGGGAAGGAGCUGUAAGAAGAGAUUGGAGGGGGAGCCAUGGCUGGCAUUGCUCACAGAGCAAAGGGAUCAGCAGGGGUACAAGUGGGGUAGGCAGGAUCCCAGAACUAGGCCAGGAACUGAGUUCAGCAGGGCCUUGAAGCUAAGGACAGGAAGGUUUGAACUCGUGAUGAUGAGCAAAGAGUGCUGAGGAUCUGGCUGUGACAUUGGUGGGUGCAACAUGGGUAGCAGAGAGGAGCAGGUUGCAGGAUUCAGUGGGGCCAUGGGCACAGGAAGAAGGGGCGGGAUGUUGAGAGGCUAUCGCUGUCAUGUAUUGAGUUUGAACCUUAGGCCCUGAGCCAGCAAAGGGGUCUGCCCACAUGGACUCUCAACCCACAGGCUGCAAUCUGGGGCGUGGUCACUUAGCGGGAGAUUCUGCCCUGCCCUUCCAUGGAUGCAUCGUGAUGGAGCUGGGGAGUCUGAGGACCUUUCUCCCUCACUUCGGCUGCCUGAGUCAGAGCGCCUUAGAAUUGUUGUCCCUUCGCUCAGAGAAGCACAGGAGCACCCCCUCCCCUAGGAGUGCACAGUGCCCCAAAGGGAGCAGGAAGGAGGCAGAUGACGGCUCUGCCCCCCGCCUCUCCCCCAGCAUGCACCAGGCAGCAGAGUUGUCUGGUGUAGCAAGGGACCUGCUGUCUCAGUGUGCCUGGGAGGAAAGCUGCUCAUGGGAGGCAGAGCAGGUCUGUACAACCCACUUCCUGUGCACUGUGCUUUCCAAAAGCCCUGCCCCCAAAGCCCACACCUCCCAGCCCACUUCCACCCCUGACGUUAUCAUCCCUCGGUAUAGAAGUGCCAGGGCAGGGUCAGUCCCAGCUCUUGUGACUAAGUGUACCACACAGCUGCGCUCAAGAGCAGGGAAGCAUUUUUGCAUAGAGCAGAAGACGAUUUCACGGCCAGUGUUCCCACUCUAUAAGAGCCCAAUCCUACUCCACGAGUCACCCCAUGAUUUCAGUGGGCCAAGCUGUGUAGCAAGAGGUGACAAGGCAUAAGGAAGUGUGGCAGCAUUGGUCCCUAAAGGAUUGUUUUACCAAGACAAAUGAAAAGCAAGACGUUUGGGGUGACAGCACAGUGGUCUUAGCAGCCUUUAUGCCUCCCAUUUGAUUCCCCUAAGCUCAGUGUAAUAAAGAUACUUUGAUAGGUUCACAUUUAAAAACAAUGGAAAAUAAAAGCACAAGCAAGUAGCUUAUAAAUAACUGGCCCAAAUCCUCAGCUGGUGUGAAUUAGCAUCUCUCCAUUGACCCCAAGGGAGUGAUGUCAAUUCACAUCUGAUGAGAAACUUUCCUUGUAUAUUAUGAAUGAAAUAUCUAAAAGAGGAACUGCAGGGAUACUACUUUGCAUUAGCACUACUAGCUAUUUUUUUCCUUUUCCACUUUUUCCCCGUCCCUAAAUCACAGACGGCAUGUCCCUUGGUAGCGUCUUCUGAUCCAGCGGAAGGGCAUGUCUGACAUUGGUGUACCCGGUUGGCCGAGGAAGGGGGGGUGAGAUUUUGCACUCAUUUCAAACAAGCUGUGGAAGGUUUUAAUUAUCUUAUUGUGCAUUUUCAUCUAGGAAUAUACUGAUUUUUUUUCUUGUAAACUCAUUUUUCACUUUAAAUGAGAGUGAGGGUUUUUUCUUUUAAUUUUUAUUUUUGGGGCAGGGUGGCGGGAAAGAGCAUUAGAGCCUGAUUCUGGUUGUUCAGGAUUAUGAUUGCCUUUGUGUACAAUGAUUUCAUUUCAUUUGUUUGGGUUCAUUACUUUUUAUUUGUGUGUAUUGUCCACAGCCAUAGGCAGCAAGUACACUGAUUGUGAUGAUCCUUAUCAAUAGUGCACAGCCACACAGACAAAUAAAGUUUCUAAUUGUUUCAGAUUUA